UGUUCUGCUCUUGAAAGUUUUUAACCAGAAAUAUAAGGCUUGUGUUUUUGCCUCAAAAACUGUUUAUAAUUAAGAUUUUUUGUGUGAUUUAAACAAUCAUGGGAGAUAUUGAUGAGUUAGAUAUAAACCCUUUCUUUAAAGCUUUGCAGACGAAGUAUGUCAAUAUUUUUGAUGAGGCCCAAGAGAAGUGCUAUGUCAUCUGCAUCCCACAUUCCCAAUGCCUUCAGGGGUCAAAGAUUACCAGAAAGUUAGUGGAAACUCAUUUGUUGAAGCCGUCACCGUUCUUCAGAGGUCAGUUCACAACCAUGCAAUCCCUGGAACAGGUAGUACUAAUUGAGGAGAAGUCGGAUGUUGUCUCCACAAUGAAAGGGUUUCCAACUGUUGCCCACAUCAAAAUCUUGAGUGAGGAACUGGGAUACAAUAAGGACUACAAGCCCUACAAGAUGUUGAUCAUUUCAAGGCCCCUUGAUCAGAACAUGGUGUUGGCAGACCAUGCAGAAAAUGAGACAAAUGGCUUCAAUGAUUUACAUCUGGUCAUGACAUUGAAAGGGUGUACAGAUUUUCUCCACAAACAUGCUGAAUUUGCCAAGUCGUUGAAUGCCCUGGACUCUGAGCUGGAGACUUUCAACCGGAGUUACGUGCUCCUGAAGGAUUUCUUGAACGAAGCUGCUGACAGACUCCACAACAUGGCGGACACAUACGCUGAGGCAUGUUUCAAAAGUUUGAAGGACAAGAAAAAAGCCACGAUGAAUUUCCAUGACAUCAUAAAAUCAUGCGUAGAAACGUAUGUGUUAGGUUCAGUGCACAGCAAGCUAUACCCGGUGGUGAGUGAGCGGUGUAGCCAGGGGGACCGGGACAUGCUGGACAAGUGUGAUGCACUGCGGGGCCUCUCAGCACGCCAUCUUCAUGUGCCUGAACACUUCUGUAUGCCAGUACCAUCUUCGGUACAAGAACUACAGAAGUUGGAUACCCAGAACACACCCAUUGAGAAGCUCUACACUUUCAAGGCUACUAUAGACAAUCUUACAAAUGAAGUGACAGCCAAUUUGCAGUCUCGUUGGAAAUCAAGUCUUCCUACUGAGGAUGUCCCCUGUCUGACAUCUGAUGAUUUAAUACCCAUAUUGGUGACAGUGCUAGUAGAGGCAAACUGUAAGAACAUCCAGACAGACCUGUACUAUGUAGAGAACUUCUACUGGCUGGCGGCAAACAAAGAUAGGGACAGUCUGAGCUACUGUUUAGUAACGUUCAAGGCUGCAGUGCACUUUUUAAUGUCCUCUGACUUCAAAAAUAUACAUCUAAAUGACCAGUCCACACAGCGAUUAACCAGAAAAUCUACCUCGCCCCAAACAAAACUUCUCCGCCAAGAUCCACCCCAAUUUACAAUGGACAUGCCUGAAGUACCGACUGUCACCAGCACAUCUUUGAGGACGCGAGAGCCGGCAAAGGCUCGUUUGGAUCGAGAACUUGAGGAUAUUAACAGACUUCUGAAGGAGGCUACCAGGGAGAUGGGGCCUACAAAGUCUGCUUUGACCAAUGAAAAACCUCUCACCAGUAUUUUUGGAGGUGCCGUUUCCUUCUCUCCAACCCCAGACAAGUCCAAGUCAGAGGCAAACAAGAAAACAGAGGACCUGGGGGACUUCUUGUCAAGCCUUCAGAGUGACAUGUUCUCCACAUUCGGCCAACAGUCUUGAUAUUGGUAGUACUAGUCUGUAAUAAGUUGAGAGACAACUUGAAAUAAUAUAAGCCUUGAUCUGGGAAUAUGGCCUUUAUGCAUGGUCCUAAAGUGUCAUCCCAAAUUGGCCUGGUCCUAAAGUGUCAUCCCAGAUUGGCCUGUGCAGAUUGUUUUUUAUGUUUACAGGCAUUCUCUUCAUAACUGAAAUUCAGUCUAGGCGAACAAUGUUGUUCAAGAUUUGCCUGUAUAGACUGCACAGGCUUGUCUGGGACGACACUUCACACACAUGCAUUAAGCAAACAAUGUUGUUCAAGAUUUGCCAGUAUAGACUGCACAGGCUUGUCUGGGACGACACUUGACACACAUGCAUUAAGCCCAGUGUUGCCUGUAUAGACUGCACAGGCUUGUCUGGGAUAACACUUCACACACAUGCAUUAAGCCCAGUGUUGCCUGUAUAGACUGCACAGGCUUGUCUGGGACGACACUUCACACACCUGUAUAGACUGCACAGGCUUGUCUGGGACAACACUUCACACACAUGCAUUAAGCCCAGUGUUGCCUGUAUAGACUGCACAGGCUUGUCUGGGACAAAACUUCACACACCUGUAUAGACUGCACAGGCUUGACUGGGUCGACACUUCACACACAUGCAUUAAGCCCAGUGUUGCCUGUAUAGACUGCACAGGCUUGUCUGGGACGACACUUCACACACAUGCAUUAAGCCCAGUUUGUCCAGAACAUGGCUCAUAGCUAGUGCAAUUAGCAAAGAUUGGGUCCAGACAAGACAAGUUUUAUAGUUAAUUUAAAUAUUUAGUCAAGUUAUUGUACUUCAGUGGUUCUCCACUUUUAAUUUUAGUUUUAUGUAUAACUUAAGAUUUACAUUUGUUUAUUAUUGUUUUAAUCUGGUACAUUUGUGUAAAUGAGCACAUAAUAUGUGUUUAUUUUAGUUGUAUUAACAACUUAUGAUUUACAAUUGUUAAUUCUUGUUUUAUUAUGUUAAAAUUUUGUUUAUAAGCACAGUAUUUGUGUUUAGCCAAAGGCUUUCAGAAUCAAUUAUGACAUUCCUUUAUUUCUUGAUUAAUUGGCUUUAUUGAAUUUUACUCUAUAAUGUAUAUUAUGAUAUAUUUAAUUAUUUACAUCUUGGUGCUAGUGCAAGUAACCAUGAUCAUAAGAAUGCAUCAAUUUGCUUGAGUCAUAUCUGGAUGACUGAAUCGUGGAGCUCACCAACCAGUGGACUUAUAGAAAACAAGGGCUGUUUGUAAAACAUGCAUGCCCCCCAUAUGGGCUGUCAGUUGUAGUGGCAGCCAUUGUGUGAAUACGUUUUUUGUCACUGUGACCUUGACCUUUGAACUAGUGACCUGAAAAUCAAUAGGGGCCAUCUGCCAGUCAUGAUCAAUGUACCUAUGAAGUUUCAUGAUUCUAGGCCUAAUUAUUCUUGAGUUAUCAUCUGGAAACCAUUUUACUGUUUCGAGUCACUGUGACCUUGACCUUUGAACUAGUGACCUGAAAAUUAAUAGGGGUCAUCUGCCAGUCAUGAUCAAUGUACCUAUGAAGUUUCAUGAUCCUAGGCGUAAGCAUUCUUGAGUUAUCAUCCGGAAACCAUUUAACUAUUUCGAGUCACUGUGACCUUACCCUUUGACCUAGUGACCUGAAUAUCAAUAGGGGUCAUCUGCCAGUCAUGAUCAAUAUACCUAUGAAGUUUCAUGAUCCUAGGUGUGGCAUUCUUGAGUUAUCAUCCGGAAACCAUUUUACUGUUUCGAGUCACUGUGACCUUGACCUUUGACCUAGUGACCUGAAAAUCAAUAGGGGUCAUCUGCCAGUUAUGAUCAAUGUUCCUAUGAAGUUUCAUGAUCCUUGACGUAAGCAUUCUUGAGUUAUCAUCUGGAAACCAUUUUACUGUUUCGAGUCACUGUGACCUUUGACCUAGUGACCUGAAAAUCAAUAGGGGUCAUCUGCCAGUCAUGAUCAAUGUUCUUAUGAAGUUUCAUGAGCCUAGGCUUAAGCAUUCUUGAGUUAUCAUCCGGAAACCAUUUUACUGUUUCGAGUCACUGUGACCUUGACCUUUGACCUAGUGACCUGAAAAUCAAUAGGGGUCAUCUGCCAGUCAUGAUCAAUGUUCUUAUGAAGUUUCAUGAUCCUAGGCCUAAGCAUUCUUGAGUUAUCAUCUGGAAACCAUUUUACUAUUUCAAGUCACUGUGAGCUUGACCCUUUGACCUAGUGACCUGAAAAUCAAUAGAGGUCAUCUGCCAGUCAUGAUCAAUGUACCUAUGAAGUUUCAUGAUCCUAGGCCUAAGCGUUCUUGAGUAAUCAUCUGGAAACCAUCUGGUGGACGGACCGACCUACGGACGGACCGACUGACAUGUGCAAAACAAUAUUUCCCCUCUUCUUCGAAGGGGGGCAUAAACAUGUCAAAAUAUCCCCACCAGGAAAAAAAGAAUAUUUUGCCUAAAAUAUGAGAAAAAUCUCAAAAGUAAAUUGAACAAGAGGGCCAUGAUGGCCCUGUAUCGCUUCACUGUUUUUUCUUUGCGAAAAAUACAUGUAUUGCGCAUGGGUUGAAAUGUACUCAAGCAUGUGGCUUUCUCUUUCUAUCCCUCGUCCCACUGGGCGCUUAAAGUUGGAAGGGUGAGCAUUUUUAUAUAUGGAAAAAGUUACUACCGUGUUAACUAAACAGACAAAAAAGCCCGGGAAUUGUUGCACAGGUCCUUUGCUUAUAACGUAGGUACAUUUAUCUCUCCAAAAGAUAUUGUCGUUCUUUCUAUUUCAAAUAUUUUUAGAUGCUGAAGAUCAAAUCUACGCAUUUGAUUUGAAACAGAUUCACAAGACCCAUAGGAAUCAAAAUGCCUUAACCCUUUACCAAACAACUCAUUUUGGACUUUCCCAAUUUGAAAGAGGUUGCAGACGUCAAUUGAAUUAAAAUGGAAUAUGAAGGAAAUGAUCAGGUAGGGUAGAAAUAAUUGUGAUAAAAGGAGAAAUUGCUCAUCAACCCACACAUCCCUAAGACCAACAGGCCUGAGAAUAUUAUGAUCAUCUAAAGAUUAUUUCUUUAUAUUUAUAAAUGUAUUUAAUUAAGUAAUACAUUUGACUUCUAAGAUCAUUUCAUAACUUAUAUUAAGAAAAUUAUAAAAUGGUCAGAAAUAUAUAUGGAUUGUUGAGCAAUUGACAAUCAUUUCAACAAUUCAUGAUCAGUCACGAUUCACAAAUGGAACAAUGAAUCAUAAGUUAUUAAAAAGCAGCAUAUACGAUAGUUAAGAACAUUGCACUUCAUUAAUUUCAACACCUCUUGGAUACAAAGUUUGAGUUUACCGUGCAGUAUCAUAUAUUGACUUUCCUUGAAAUAAUUAUGUUCAUGGAAGUUGUGUUUUUAAAAUCAAUAAUAUAUUAUUAAACUGGUUUUAACACUACAAAAAAGACAUGAAAUUAACAUGUCAUCCAAAAUAUUUUCAUCUGGAUAUAUGGUCACUUUCGACAUAUUUAAAUAAAACCCGACUUUUUUCAGUUUAUAAGAAAAACAUUCAUAACACAUGUUCUUACUUCAAUGCCUUUGUAUGCAGUCACCAUCUGACCUAAAAUGGCACUAAAUGACAGGGUUUUAUCUCAUGUUUACAAGAUGUUGAUGUUGUUGUUGGUCACAGCCAAACGACCGCAGUAAUUUCCACUGGUAAACGUCAUAUGUUCAGUUUUGUGACCCCCGGGGCCGGGUCAAAUUUGAGCCCAGGGGAAUAAUUUGAACAAAUUUGGUAGAGGACUAUUAGAUAUCACUACAUACCAAAUUUAGUAGCCCUAGGCUCUAUAAUUAAGAACAAGAAGAUUUUUAAAGUUUGCACAAAAUAGGCCUUAUUUAAGCAUAUGUUCAUUUUUGUGACCCCUGGGGCAAGGUCAAAUUUGUUCCUAGGGGCAUAAUUUGAACAAACUAAGUAGAGAACUAUUAGAUGUCACUACCUACCGAAUUUGGUAGAAAUAGGCCCAAUGGUUAUGGACAAGAAGAUUUUUAUAGUUUGCACAAAAUGGGCCCAAUAUAAGCAUAUGUUCAAUUUUGUGACCCCUGGGGAACUGUCAAAUUUGAUCCCAAGGGCUUAAUUUGAACAAACUUGGAAGAGGACUAUAAGAUGUCAUUACAUACCAAAUUUGGUAGCCCUAUGCCAUAUGGUUAUGGACAAGAGGAUUUUUAAAGUUUGCACAAAAUAGGCCAUAUAAUAGCAAAUUUUCGAUUUUUUGACCCCCCAGGACAGGGUCAAAUUUGACCCCAGGGGCAUGAUUUGAACAAACUUGGUAGAGGACUAUUAGAUGUCACUACAUACCAAAUUUGGUAGCCCAAGGCCCAAUGGUUAUGGACGAGAAGAUUUUUAAAGUUUUCACAAAAUAGGCCUUAUAUAAGCAAAUUUUCAAUUUUUUUACCCCCCGGGGCAGGGUCAAAUUUGACCCCAAGGGCAUAAUUUGAACAAACUUGGUAGAGGACUAUAAGAUGUCACUACAUACCAAAUUUGGUAGCCCUUGGCCUAAUGGUUAUGGACAAGAAGAUUUUUAAAGUUUUCACAAAAUAGGCCUUAUAUAAGCAAAUUUUCAAUUUUUUGACCCCCUGCGGCAGGGUCAAAUUUGACCCCAGGGGCAUAAUUUGAAGAAACUUGGUAGAGGACUAUAAGAUGUCAAUACAUACCAAAUUUGGUAGCCCUAGGCCUAAUGGUUAUGGACAAGAAGAUUUAUAAAGUUUGCACAAAAUAGGCCUUAUAUAAGCAAAUUUUCAAUUUUUUGACCCCCUGGGGCAGGGUCAAAUUUGACCCCAGGGGCAUAAUUUGAAAGGGGUUCACCACAGGAACAUUCCUGAGAAAUUUCAUCAGAUUUAGACCAGUAGUUUAGGAGAAGAUGUUUAAAGAAAAAGUUAACGCACGCACGCACGCACACACAACGGACACAGGACCAUGACAUAAGCGCCACUGGCCUUUGGCCAGUGGAGCUAAAAACUAAUACAAUAUAGGAUUAACCAAAAUAAAAGAUGAAUAAGAAUUGAAUUAACUGUUGUUAAAAUAGUUACAUGUGAGAUUUUUAGCAAGUCUUCUAUUGAAGUCUUUGCCUGUUAAUUAGAGAUCCAAACAUGUACACUUGUUCAAAACUGAAGCUAUUUGACAUGUUAAAAGAAAGACAAUUAUACAAUUGAGUAAGAAACUUCUUUAUAUACAUGUAUAACUUAAGUAAUUCAAUCAUUUAUGGAAAGAGAGAAUGAGCCCUUAGACAUUUAUCAACCUUUAUAUUUUACAAACAGCUCUUGAAGUAUUCUACCACAAUGUGCUUGUUUCAUUUAUAACGCUAUCAAAGACAUUGACUGUGUGUCUGCAAUAGCCCAAGUAGUAUUUUUUUCGUAAUUCAAUGGAUGCAUGUAGUGUACAUGACCACAACAUGAUACAUAAUUGUACACAUUUGUACACAGUGUACUUCUUUUAUUUUAAGUUCAUUUUAAGAUUACUUUUACAGUAUCAAAUUGUGAAUAGACCUCAAAUUUAUGUCAGUGUUAUUUUAUGUACCUGUACAUGUUGAUUUGUUACAUGAAUUUAUGUCGGUAUUUUAUGUACCUGGGGACUGUUUCAACAAACAAGGUACGACAAAUUUAGAAUACCAUACAUAUUUUAAAGAAACAUUAUAGCAAAACAUCAAGGCAUUUUGUUACAAUUUCGAAUAAACUUAUUCAUUUCAUCAGUGUCUUACCGUCCGAAUAUGUUUUGGGUGGAUAUUAAUUUUAUCAACAUCUUGUAUAUUUUACUUUUGAAAUUUUAGUCGUAAAUUAAGAUUGCCCUACGAUCUUUGAUGAAACGACCCCCAGUACAUGUUGCUUUGUUACAGAAUUUUUCUUUGGGAGAUUUCAUGUUUUUGUGAUAUUUAUGGAUAAUAAAGUAUUCAUCAUCA